AUGUUCAGAACUCGGGUUACUACUGGAUUGAGGAUCCUGUCUCCUAUGUCCCACCAGUUUGUUGGAAUACCUAAAAGAUUACCAUAUCAGGUUCCAAAUUUACAACAAACUCGAGGUCUUCGAUUAACAGAAAGUGCUUUCAAUGGGGCUAAGAGAGUCCAGUUUGGUUUACAAAUCUUUGCUGGUUUCUACUUUGGUUGCAUGAUUGUUUUCACAGGGCUGAUGGCGUUCUUAUAUUUCGAUGCUAAUUCAAGGCAGAAUAUUCCAUUUCAAUUAAGUUUCAAAGAUCAGAUUACUGCAGUUAAAGCAAUUAAUAAAGAUGACGUCUUAAAGAGUCCUCGAUAUGCAGUUAAACAUUAUAGGAGAUUAUUAAUUGAAUUAGCCAAAAAGGAAAACCCUGAUUUUGAUGAGUCAGAACUUGCACCUUAUGAAGUUCCUAUUAUUGAUUCAGAAGUAUUGGUCUAUGAUAAAUCACCAACAUUUUCGAAUUUUUACAUUGAUAUUGUUUUGAGGUAUGCAAAGGCUUUAUUAGCGAAAGGACAAUUGGAAGCAUCUCACGAUGUCUUGGCUAAGAUUAUUAAUGACGAUUUGAUUUUUCAAAAGCUAGGUGAUGCAGAAAGAUUAGCAGCAUCGAGUAGAUUACUUGCAAAAAUUGUUCAAGAUCCAGCUGAAAAGAUGCACUAUUUAAAGAGAACUGUUGAUAUGUUGGUUGAUUUCUAUCCUUCAGUGAAUAUGAAUGAACAAUAUGUCUUAGCUGAAGAUAGUAAGUUUUCUGAUGAAUUAAUUAAAUCAUUAAAUGAUCUUGCAUUCCUUUUUGUUUCCACGUAUAAAUCAGAAGACCUUAAACGUAAACAACGAGAAGAAUUAUUAUCCCAAUCAUUACAAAUUUAUUUGGCAAAUCUUCGUGCUUUAAGUCAUAUUCGUGAAACAUUAGAAACUGAUUCAGGAUCCCCAACCCAAUUUCCAUUAUUUGAUUGUGAUCGUGAAAAUUUAGUUGUAUCAAUUUGUGAAUUAAGAGCUAGUAUAGGUCAAAUCAUGUGGGUUAAAGGAUAUAAGAAGAAUGCUAUUAGUUGGAGUGAAGAAAUUAUCCUGGAUAUAUAUUAUGACCAUAAGACCUCCUCGAGAGCUGCAUAUGUCGUAGCAGAUACAUUGGAUAACUUGAUUGCAAUGUAUGAUAGUCUUAAAGACCCAACCAAUAGAAGUAGAUGUGAAAAAUUAAGGGAAUCUAUUAAUUUGUAUGAAUAUGAAAUAGUUGGUUAUUAUGACAAGUUGAUCAAACAAUGGAGUAAUAUUCUUUAUCACCAAGGACCUGUGGGUCUUAUAGAAAAACCACUUAGAGAAAGAUUUGGGGCUCCAGAAAGAAUCCCUGAAUUAGAAGAAAUUGAAGAUGAGGAUGUAGAAUAA